AACAAUUUCAGAGUAGUAAGAGAAGAAACUCGGACGAGUCAACCCACCUUUCACAACGAGUCGAGCGAGUUCAUUUUAUCACCCAUGGAGAAGCAGAUGCAGCAGGGGAUUAGGGCGACGGAAUCCACAACGACAGCAGAGUGGACAAACGAGAAACACAGCAUGUAUAUCAAGUCUAUAGAAGCAUCUUUUGUUAAUCAGUUAUAUGAUUCCAAGCAAAUGAGGGCUUCAUUUUCCCCUAAAGGAACUUCCAACGACCCUGCUACCACUUCUGGCCAGUUCAAGGUCCUUCGUUGUGGCUGUUGGCAAAAGAUAAGUUUUGAGAGAGAAAAUCCGCAAAUGAGUAGGAUUAACCAGUGCCAUGAUUUAACAGCAAAUCCAUGGAUUCGGCACUACAGAUCUUCAAACAAACAGCGAAGUGUAGUAGCUCCAUCCCUUCAAGAAAGUGUUACUACUACUAGUCAAGUUGUUGAGCUAGGCCAAAGGAAGGGAAUUACCUCUGGAUCAGAACAUCUUCAUUUGUGUGAAUCUCAUGUCCAUCAUCAAGAUAUGCUUUGUAGCGAUACAGAGAUGUCAGAUCAGAAUUUUGUUGAUGAAGUGGAAGUUGAAGAGGAAAACAACAGAAGCAACGUGAAACGACAUAAAUCUUUGAUAAGUGAUGCAAAAGGCAAUGAUCAGAUGGUCCCUAUCAGCAAACCUUCUUCCAUUGGAGAUGCAACCAAGAAUUGUGUUUAUGCUGUUUAGAAAUUGAGGGGUUAUCAGAAAUUGAAUCCGCUGUAACUUUUCUGAAUGGCAUGUUCUUAGGCAACAAAGCAGCGGGAGAGUUGGUGGAAAUUGCAAAUACUAAUUGUUAGAAUUGAUUUGUAGCCUGAAUUUUAAGAUAAAAUGCUUUUUAUGUGUAGUCAUGGUUUGGGUUUUGUAGAGUGAUUGGUCUGA